AGGUUUGGGGGGAUUUCACUUGUCAAGUUUCAGGCAAUGACAUUUGCGCCACAACUGGCCGGUUGACCCCAACAUUGUACAACCAAAUGACAUCUGCAGCAAGCGUGAGUUAUGGUUUGUAUCGGUUUGGACCGUUCUUUGUGGACCUCGUAGAUUGUACAUUUGUUCGUCAAGUGUUUAUGGACAUCAGUAAAAAUCAUUGCCCUGGCCUCCGACUGUUCAUGGAAUUGACAUACGUUGGGUUGCUUAUGAUGUCUGGUUCUGUCAUGCUCUCCCUGAUCUUCUGGAUUAUAUAUGCAAGAGAGCGACGACAUCGAGUCUAUACUAAGCAAUUUAUUGCACGAACUCGCAGCUAGAUAUCGACUGAU